GCCCCGCCGCCCGCGUGCCGCUCCCUCCGCCCACCGCCCUCAGCCCCGGGCCCGGCGCGGCGCGGCGCGGCCCGGCCCGGCCCGUAAUAUGGAGGCCCCCCCCGUGACCAUGAUGCCUGUCACGGGCGGCACCAUCAACGUGAUGGAGUACCUGCUCCAAGGAAGCGUACUGGACCAGAGCCUGGAGAGCCUGUUGCACCGCCUGCGCGGCCUCUGCGACAACAUAGAGCCGGAGACCUUUCUGGACCACGAGAUGGUGUUCCUGCUGAAGGGGCAGCAGGCCAGCCCCUUCGUGCUGCGUGCGCGGCGGUCCAUGGACAAGAGUGGGAUGCCCUGGCAUUUGCGCUACUUGGGGCAGCCGGAGAUAGGCGACAAGAACCGCUAUGCGCUGGUGCGCAACUGCGUGGACAUUGCUACAUCAGACAACCUGACCGACUUCCUGGUAGAGAUGGGCUUCCGCUUGGACCAUGAGUUUGUGGCCAAAGGGCACGUGUUCCGCAAGGGCAUCAUGAAGAUUGUGGUCUACAAGAUCUUCCGCAUCCUCAUGCCGGGAAACACGGAGAGCAUUGAGCCGCUCUCCCUCUCCUACCUGGUGGAGCUCAACGUGGUGGCACCAGCAGGGCAGGACAUCGUUUCUGAUGACAUGAAGAACUUUGCUGAGCAGCUGAAGCCUCUAGUGCACCUGGAAAAAAUUGACCCCAAAAGGCUCAUGUGAUUGAAAAGCUGGGCAGUUAAGUCAUUGGUUUUCUAAGUGAUCCUGAGAAGGGUGUUUUUCUAAAAUGCCUUUUGAGGGCAAAUCAAAAGAGGGAGAGGGGAAUAAAAGACUAGGUAUCAGUGUUUUGUUGACUGCAGUUACUAAGUGUUUUUUCCUUUGCUUGUAGAUGUGAACAAAAGGGGAUAAUUCUUUAAUUCCAUUCAAAAUAUUAAUAAAAAUGCUAAUAUUGGUAGUUCUGUUGGGGAGGUACAUGUUAGAAAGCAUAUUGCCUAGCAAUCAAAAAAUAUUGGACUUAGGGGAAUUCAUCCUUCUGUGUACCAACAUCCCAGUGCUGCUUGCUUGCCUUUUUUUUUUUUUUUUUUUAAAGCACCAUUCAGGUAUCCAGGUAUCCUACCCAGUCAUCCUUUUUUCUAAGUAAUACAUGAAGUUAAUAUCCUGUAAUGCAGGAGGAGAUGUUUAACACACUCAUAAACCCAGGAACUACACAGUAUAAAAAAAGCAAGUGUACAUUUGUGUGGGACGGAAUAGUAAAGUAAUAGCAUAUGUAAAAGUAACGGCUAGGGCACAAGAUACUUUAGUGAAACUGUUUCUGAUAUAAUCAAAGUCAGAGUUGGAGAACAAUUUAGCAGUAAUAUGGUUGCCAGGAGUUUUACAAAUCUUUUAACACUGUUCCAUCUUUUUCACUGAAGUUGGGCACAGCAGCCUUAGUUCAUAAGAAAGCAGUAAGUUACAUGGUUUUUAUUUAUUAUUAGACUUCUCACACCUGACAGCAUUAUUGAAAAUUGACACAUUAAACAAUUAAGAGCAUUGUAUAGCUGCUAAUUGAAAAAGUGAUGUUUAGCACCCCUCUUGACAGCAGGAUGGUUAGUUACCCUCCCUGUAUUUCAAUGAUACUUGAGUUAGGUUUGAGAGUUUUCAAAUACAGCUCAAACAAAAGAAGACUGGUAAAACUAGCAAAGAUAAAGAAGCUUAUUUAAAUUUCUCAAGUCCUUUACAGAAGGCAACCAUUUUACCCGUUACUAAAUUGCACCAACCUCUGUCAGAGACAUUGCCACCCACCAGCACCACACAACUCUAUGAAACAACUAAAGGUAAAGACCAGCCCCACAAAAAGCCUCAUAAAUAGCCUUUUAAGUUAACAGCUACAUGUUCAGCACUGGAGUUUGGACAAGAUAAGCCACAAUAACUAGAUUAGCACUCACCUGAUGCAGUGUCUUAAGUGUUCUACUGAUGUGGGCUCUGCAUAAGGAGUGUGGGACACAACUGAUUACUUGAAUGCCGGCUGGAGAAUGCCAUUGCAUUGAACACAGCCAUGAUUUUCCAACAGGGUACAAGCAAGGAGGUGGCCUGUGGGACUGCUCGUUACCUAGGCUUGAAGCAUUUUCUGGAGGACACACCUAUAAUUCUUUUGUUCGUACUCAGGCAUGACUCACCCUGAUCAGACAGCAUGUUAUCCUGGGCCUCCGAGUCUGGAAUUCUUUAGGAUACUGUUACAGGACAUCACUUCCCAGGGGGUGAGGCGUAGGCCCAGAGCUCGAAUGUGCUGGGUUGCUCUGCAAUUCAGCUGCAGUCCCACCCUGGCAGGUGGGGAUCCUCAGGGCUGUUGUCAUAUCCUGCCACUGCAACACUGGUUGGGAGUUGCUUGCCACAGACUUCCACCAUCUGUAUCUUUCUCUUGUGACAUGAAAUUUUACAAAGAAUUCCAAUGGGCCAGAAAAGUUGAACAUUCUGUGACAGAUUUUUUGAAGUUUUAAGUACAAAGACACACAGAAAACAGUAAGUACACAGGUCUUCCCCAUUGCUUUGGAAAGGAAUUCGCUUGGUAAAUUACCUUCCAAGCCUCUUUCUAAGUGGAGGGGCAAACAAAUCAUAGAAGGUUGAUGUUAAUGUAAUGAUGACAGAGAGGUAAAUCCCACAUGAAAUUUCAGGCAGACCAGGUCAAGCAAAAGGAGGCUUAAUGGAGAGUUCAUAAUCGAAGCUUUUACGUUUUAGAUGACAAUAGGUCUGACUAUUGCUUGAUCUGAACUAUCACAAAUCAUCAUUUAAAAUAGUUCUUUUUAAGGAUAAUUAGUUUAAACCUUAAAAAUUGCAGCAAUCCCCAUUACCAGCCUUCCUUAUUCUAGCUGCAGAGGAGGCAGGUGUGCAGAGGAAAAAAAGCUUACUGCAUCAGUGGUUAUAGCUGAAGAGAAAUGGAUGCUUCCAGGCAUCUAAUGCUCAAAAAGUGUAUCCCUUUCUUUUAUCUAAUGAAAUACACUUUUCUCCUAUUGAUAUCCUGAAGAAAAUUUAUUCUUCCACUAAGCCAUAAUAAUGAACUGUAUGAGCUUGGCAAAACAGAAUUUGGUGGCCAGAGAAGGGAAAUGAGAUAGGGAAGCACUUGUUUUAUGACUCUAUCCUUGAGGAGAGCUGAGAGACUGAUCAAAGGAAACAUCCUGCCUCAGGAGAUGCUGAGAGCUGAGAAAGGGGGUGAUAAAGUGUAUAGUGAAGGAGAACAACUAAUCGGGAUGUUGAUAAGAAUGAAACCAAAGCGUCCUUUAGGUGAACUGUCAUUAUAAUACUAAAAAUCAGGCCCACAGGCCAGGAAUCUCCUCCCUCUAAUAAGCCCCUUACUCUCUGAGCAUGCCUGGUAAAUUAAAAGUGAGCUGUAUCUUCAAGUUGAAGCGAGAAAGUAAUUAAUCAAUUACUAGCUGAGGCGUGUGAAUAAUAGCUGUGACUGACACGUUUAACUGUAUAAAUGCCUUGUAGUCUCUCGGUGCGGGGUGCUAGCUUUGUGGGCUACCACCGAGCACCCAUCUUCGUUUAAUUAACAAAAGUUAAUUAAAUAAAAUACCUUUGCUCUGUAUGUA